AUGAACAAAAUCAUAAGCGACAUUUUGAAGCUGCCGCCCAGCAAUUCCUGCUUGAGCAAAAUUUGCAGAACGACGAAGCUAACCCUAAUUUUGAUUAGCAUAUGCAGCAAUGUGCUGAGGUACGCCAAGUUGGACACAUUUGCACACGGCUUGUACAACAAGCUGCACACGAACAAGUGGGUCGGCGGGGACGCCUCGCGGCAGGCGCUGACGGGAGUGAGAGCCCCACACUGCUUCUUCAUCUGUCUAGAUGAAGUAAUAAUGGUGGACUUGGUUAAAUUUUGCAAUUAUUUCUGUAACAUAAAGAUUUUGCACGUGAAGGCAGACUCCUUCAACAUUUUGUUUGCGCAAAAAUAUGACAUCCUCGUGAUUAACAUAAAUAAUUUGAACAGCCUCCAAAUAAACGUGUUGGUGGAAUUGAUGAAGAACGGCGUGUACAGGUGCAAGAAGGCGCUCUUCCCGGUGUCCACCACGUUUUGGGUCUACGCGGUGAAGUCCUACAUACGGAGUGAGCAGGAAUUCAACACGUACAUCAAGGGGAACCUCCUGGCGCGAUUCGAUUUUUUAUUCGAGCUCAGCUUUGAUGGUGAGGAAGACAUCAUCGACGAGGUUUUAAGAAGCACGGAUGAAGUGGGAAGGGAAAAUGGCAAUUUGCACUUUGAGCUGAAUAAGAACUACUCCUAUUUGAAGAAAAGCCAUUUGACCCAUUUUGAGUUCAAGGGGAUGUGCAGCGUGACCAAGUCCAUCAUCCAGAAGUACUUCAGCAUGGCCGCGGAUUUGUCCACCUUGACAGUGCACCACAUAGGCAUAUGCGAGUUGCUAUGCAUCAGUGCAUCCCUCCUGUUUAAGAAGAAGGAAUGCCUCAUUGAGCAUGUCGUUUUGGGGCUCUUCUUAUACGACAAAUUUGUCUCUUCCACGAAAAAUAAGUUAACCCAAUUUGAUAAAAACGUACUAGACAGCGUGAUGAAUUCGCGGGGUGAGGAGAGCUUCUCCUUUCAAAAAUUAAUGAAUUAUUUUUCCUCCUACUUGGGUGCCACGAUGAGCAUGCAGUGA